AUGUGUAAACAGGCUGGAUUUGAAGCGAUUGAAGCGGAUGUUCUAGAACUGCUUACGCACAUGGUCAAUUCGUAUCUCAAUGAAUUGGCCAUUACAACACGUCUGAUGACCGAACAUGCCGGACGUUGCAUCUCAACGCCAACGGAUACGCUGAUUGCACUGGUCGAUCUCGGUAGCGCUGUUUCGGAUUUACCGGCAUUUCUCAAAGAAACCACCUCAAAGGGUUCGCUGGUCAUUGCACCACCACGUGUACAACAAGCACCACAUACACAGUCACAACCACGUCCAUCACAUAUCCCGGAAUGGAUGCCUCCAUUCCCAGAUCCGCAUACCUAUGUACGAACCGAUAUAUCCGGUGAACCGGAACCAUCGUACGAGAAGGCACGCGAAAGUCUGGCAUCACUGCACCGAAAUACCAUCGUUUCGUUAAAAGAUUUUGUCGUUUUAACCCAUCCAUCCAUCUCGCUCUUUGAUGCCCACAAGCAGCGUGUCCUGAAACGAGCUGCCGAUGCUGCUGCGGAACGUACCCGCCAACGACAGGCCCAGAUGAUGGCUUCCGUUGAGGAGAAUGACGAGAAACCGACUCUGACGAACGGCGAAGCAGUGUCGGAAUCCAAGAACGAUGAACGUUUGGCACCGAGCAGUGUUGAAUCAUCUACAACUGAACCAGAGAAAUCGUACUUUGAAGACGAAAAUGCAACCGAAAUAAGCCUUUUGCAUACGGAAGCACCAACUUUUAGUGAGAUUAUCGAACCGGAAGUAAUCGCCCAGCCGUAUUUGGAUGCACUCCUGGCCGAUCUUCGAAGUGAAGCAUCCCAACCCAACUCCAUUAAAAAACAGGAACAAGAAGAAACGGGGCAAGAAUGUAAUCCUUUUUUGCGGGCCCCUAAAAUGCCCUCGCAGGUGGACGAUGAUGAGAUGAUGAGCAGUGAUGUGUAA